AUGUUGGGGGCCCGCCUUGGGUUCCUGGUCUGCAUCCUGUGCUGCGUAGUCAGAGCCUAUCCCAAUGCCUCCCCGCUGCUCAGCUCCAGCUGGGCUGGCCUGACCCACCUGUACACAGCCACAGCCAGGAACAGCUACCACCUGCAGAUCCACAAGGACGGCCAUGUGGAUGGCACACCCCAUCAGACCAUCUACAGUGCCCUGAAUAUCAGAUCAGAAGAAGCUGGCUUUGUCGUGAUAACAGGUGUGAUGAGCAGGAGAUGUCUCUGCAUGGACUUCAGAGGCAACAUUUUUGGAUCACACCACUUCAGCCCCGAGAGCUGCAGGUUCCAACACCAGACGCUGGAGAACGGCUACGACGUGUACCACUCGCCUCAGCACCGCUUUCUCGUCAGCCUGGGCCGGACCAAGGGGGCCUUCCUGCCGGGCAUGAACCCCCCGCCCUACUCCCAGUUCCUGUCGCGCAGGAACGAGAUCCCCCUCUUCCACUUCAACACCCCCCGGCCGCCGCGCCGGCACACGCGCAGCGCCGAGGACGAGGACGCGGACCCCGACCCGCUGAACGUGCUGAAGCCUCGGCCCCGCGUGAGCCCCGCGCUGGCCUCCUGUUCCCAGGAGCUGCGGAGCGCCGAGGACCGCGGCGCGGCGGUCAACGACCCGUUCGGCGUGCUCCGGGGCAACAGGGGCAACGCUCACGCCGGGGGGCUGGGCGUGGAGCGCUGCCGCCCCUUCCCUAAGUUUACCUAGGCCCGGCAGAAAGGAGUCCUUUCCAGCCACCUCUCAGAAGUGUCAACUAUCUUUCAAGGGCCGGCUCCCCUUACACGCCGAGGAAGGGAAGGCGGGGCCCUGUGUGGAAUUAGCUGCUUCUCUCCCUUUCCUUCCCCAGGAAAGCCCCCGAGAGUCUGUCAGCCUCUAAGGCCUGAGAAGAGGGAGUUGCGACGCCUUCCUCGCCCCACUUCAGCCAGCUUUCUGAGUUAAGAAGCCCCUUAAUUAGGUUAGAAAGUUCCCCUUCACUGAGGAUAAGAGAGAGCUUUUCCCCCUCCCUAUGCCUCUCUUCUUAGUCAGUUUCGCACUGAAAACAAGGCAAGGCCUUACACCGUUCUGGGGGUGAAGGGAAGAGCGGAUGCCAGCUGCAUCUCCACUGUCCCUGUAUUAUGUGGCCUUGACCCUGCUGGCCUUUGAGUUUGCAGCCUUGACCUAGGGCAGUGACCGCUGAACUGGGCAAACUGAUGGGAAGCCUAAUCUCAAGGCUUGGUUCUUCCUUGAGCAUCUCUGCAGAAGAACUGUCAAAAAGAUUGGCAGUAGGUGGUCACAACUUAAGUGGAGUGGCCUGAGAACUAAGGCAGAAAUCAAGCUAGAAAACUGAAGCUUCCCGCGGGCCGGGAGCCCCUUGCCACGCUCUCAAGGUGGCCAGAGCCAGAGGGCCAAGAAUGACCCUGGUCUGCUCCCCGGCGGCUGCCAUACAGCCCCGCCUCUGGCUCUUCCUUUGACUCUAGUGAGUUGGGCCUGAUGAAGAGCCUUGGUAUUGGCUCCUGAAAAUCUAGCCUGCUAGGGUUUUUCAAAAUGGUAAUAAAUUCAACCUCUCCUAAAGGGGCCUAUCAUAAAGUCUCUACUUCUGGGUGGAGUGGUAAUCCAUUCUAGAUGGAUUUCAAAAAUGUCACCGGAUGGGGGCCUUGAAACAAUGGGGCUGCUCUGGGCUAGGUUCCCCCUAGACUGGCAAAUUCUGCCCCUUUGAGUGAAGCAGCAUCAAGGACUGGGGGAAAUAGAAGUCCAAUAACCAGGGCACCACAGUGCAGGGCAGGAGUCAGGA